AUGAUCAUCAAGUGCGAUAAAUUAAUUCCUGCUUGUUCUAGAUGUAAACAAAAAGGCUUUAAAUGUGAAUAUAAUUAUGAAACUCCAUCUUUAAAAAAGAAAAAUGUUCGAAUGAAUCCUCUGCAUAAUAACAGUGCUAAUGAAAAUGUUAGACAAAUUAAAAAGAAUACAAUUCAGACGUAUGCUGAAAUAAUUUGUAUUGGUUCUCCUGCAUUUUCAAUGGAACAAAUGGAAGAGAUGAUAUUUAUGGAUACAAGUACACUUAUUAAUGAAAGAAAGGAUAUUUUGGCAUAUUUAUUAUCUGUUCAAGGAUUGUGUGAGCAGAGGUUUGGAUUUUUGGAUUUUUCUGAAAAAUCAAUGCAAAGAGCAAGAGAAGUGCUGAAACACGUUUAUGAUCAAAACGAAAAUCAAUAUGUGGCAUGCACCUAUAAUCAUAUGGCAUUCUAUUUUGCAGGUACAAUGGACAGGAAACGAGCUAGAUUUUAUUUGAGUUGUAGUGAAAACUUUAUUUCGGAAUUGGAUAUCUAUGCAACCCAAAGAAAUUUAUCAAAACAAGAGGCUCUACAAGAAAGGCAACAUUCUUUCGGAUCUAAUGUUGUAAUGAGUGUGAGAGAUUUUAUGAUAUUUAAAAAUGUUGUUGAAACUCUUGCAAGUCAAUCUAAUCCUCUACCAGUUUCAGAUAUUCUAGAAAAUACGUUUUAUCAAAUUGUUGGCAUUGAAAUUCCAGAAGAAUUGAAAAAAUAUGUAGAUUUCAACUUGAUCAAUAUUUAUGAUAUUAAUACAUUGGAGGAGAGAAUUAGAGGGUUUGAAGCUGUAUUCAAUAUGAUUCAUGUUUCAUUGAAACAAUCUGUUAGACCGAGUAUGUGCCAAAAAAUGCACGAAUUUGUACAAUUAUUUAUGCUCAAUGGUGUGAGAAUUUUAAAAAUCUCAAUAGCCAAUAUACCAAUACCUCUCAGUAAGGAACACGAACCCUGGAUUAAAUUACUGGAACAAAGUGCUCUCGCGCUGACUGAAGCAUCACAAACAGAUUUUUUCUCUUUCAUCUCACCUCUAAUGAUACCCUAUUAUCUUGCCAGUGCUAAUGUAAAUUUGGAGAUUCUUAAAUCAAUUGUGGAGGGUAAACGACAAAAUAAUCAACCAUUUCCAAGAGUUUACAGAUUUGGAAUUCAUGAAAUAUUUCCAGAAGAAAUUCUUACAGACACAGUUGACUAUUUUCAAGUUGUCAAGAAGGAUUUAAGAGCACUACAGGUAUUAUCCAGUCGAUACAGAUACAUUUCUGUCUAUGUGGAAAACACUGAAAAAUUAUUAAUACAAGCUGAAACUCAAUUCGAGCAUAACGUGGAAUUCACUUCUAAUUCUGAAAGUAAUUCAUUUGAUAGAACAUUCUCCUACUACAAACAAAUGAGACAAUUCCUAUUGAAAAUUAAUGAUAAGAUUGAUAAAUUCCUACCUCAAGAAGAAGAACUUUUAGAAUUUCUCAAUGAUAACGUUGAUCCUUUCCUCUGUCAGGAUAUGGACAUUUCAGAAUUUAACAGUUAUUUCCUGUAA